UGCAAAAGGAGUAGGUAAUAAGAUUACAUCAUCUUAGUUAAUGAACGUAGUUAAAAUGGGUUAGAAAUCCAAGAAUGUGUUUUACUAGAACAAAAUAUUAUCAAGCCCUGGUGGCGGUGGUGCUCCUGUUCAUACUUAUAAUCACAUUUUCAAUCAAAAACAAAAAUCAAAGUUAUAUAUCGUUAAUAGAGAUUGAAGAAGCAACAAACUCGAAUCCCAGAAACCAAAAUCAAACCUUCGGGAGAAUAUUCGACAUAGACUUAAAAUAUGUUUUAAACAAUGGGGAUAUGUGUGAAAAGGAUUCAAACAUAUUAGCGUUAUUUAUCGUGACGUCAUACUUUGCCAACACGGAAACGAGGAGUUCCAUGCGCAGGAUUUUUACCCGGGAAGAUUUGAAACUGCUAAAUUUCAGAAGGGUGUUUUUGUUGGGGGAAGCACCAGCAGACAAAUUUGUAAACCAGAAAGAAGUAGAAGAUGAAAGUAAAAUGUUUGGUGAUAUAGUCCAGGGAAAUUUCAUAGAAGCUUACAGAAAUUUAACUUACAAACAUGUAAUGGGUUUGAAAUGGGCUAAGGAUUACUGUUCUAAUGCUAAGUAUGUUAUAAAAAUGGAUGACGAUAUUGUGGUAAAUGUAGAACGGGUUCCCAACUUAUUACAAUCUUUUAAGCUACCCAAAAGCGGUAAUUUUAUGGCAGGAUAUAUUUUGAAGAAUAUGUUCCCCAUUCGAGAGCCAGCGAAUAAGUGGUACGUAACUCCCGAAGAGUAUGACCAAAAUACUUACCCCCUCUUUGUCUCUGGGUGGUUCUAUGUAACAACCCCAAAUACUUCCGCCAAAUUAGUUGCCUUAAGUAAAACCACAAAAUAUUUUUGGAUCGACGAUACUUACAUCACUGGUAUUUUAGCUAGGAAAUUAAAAAUUAGGCAUUUCGAUAUAAGCCAGUACUUUGCAGUUCAUGCCGAGUAUUUAAAUUGUUGCAUUCAAGAUGUACGAAACAAACAUUUAGACUGCGACAUAUUGGUUGGCCCAAAUGGGGGAAACAGUAAUUUAUUUUAUGAUUUCAAUCUGGCCAUGAAUAUCUGCGAUUUAAAAUUGUGCAAAGCUAGAACGAAAUCAAUAAAUGAAACCUGCGUGGCUGAAAGAAAGGUUUAUUUUGGAAGAGGGAAAGCUGUUGUCGAAAAUUACAAACUGCAUUAGAUGAAGCGUUCGUUUAAAAUUUUUUUGAAUAUUUGUGGGUCCAUCACUAAUAAAUAAAUUUUUUAGAAUAUGUAUUAAAAUUCUGAAUAGUUACUGAACCUACAAGAUGAUUGGCAUAUUUCCUAAAUGCGGUAGAGCAGAUCUGAAAUUUAUAUUAAAAUAAAUGGAGUACUUUGUCUAAGAAACAUGAAUCUUUACAGUUAUCGUUAAUUUUACAAAAAUAUCUCGAUACAUUAACAUCAGCAACAACUGAUGAAAAUGAAAGUCGUCGUAACAUAGUAAGCUCGAGUGGUUGUGAACUUUUGUUACAAAUAAAAAUUCGAACGAAAUUUGCAAAAUAAAAAAUUAAAAUAGGGCGACUUACCUUGAGAUCUCGAAAAGGGUUGCACAUAUAGUUUGGUCUAUUAAGAACCAUGAUGGUUCUAUGUUUUUUGUACAAGUUGCACAAGUGAUGCACAAUUCUACUGAUUUUUUUUUAUUAUACAUAUUAAUUAAUUAUGGAAAAUUUUGGAAUUUCAAGAUAUAUUCUAAACAUUUAAAAUUUGUAAUUAUGUUUAUUUCGGUUUAUAAAUCUAGAAGCCAUCCUGUAUGCACAAUAUACAGGAUGUUCGCAAAUUUCACCGACAACGUUUGACUGCAUAUUCACGACAAAUAAAUACGAUCUAGG